AUUUUGAUUCUUUCAUGUAAUUUACAAUGCGGAUUUGACAAUUGAUCGAUGAUUCCAAUUCCCCAUGAUACUCGAGUUAACUUCAUAAUUGUUGUUUAUUAAUGCAAUGAAUUUGGUGGAGAGUUAUAAGGUUAAGCUUUCACUUGCAAUGAAGCUAGGACGCGCUAGACCCCAAGCCAAGCCUCUCUAGCAUUCGGGAAAAAAAGUUCAAAGCUUGAGGGGAUCAAAAUUAAUUUUGACUUCUCAUAACAUUAUCACACCUCUCCCAGUGAACCAAUUCAUCAUUUACUAUUAAUCCAGACCUUACCUUAUGUUAAAAUUUAGAAGCAUUUCAACAGCUUUUAUUUCAAAACCUUUAUUAUACCACUUUACACCAACUCGAUCUUUUAACUUCUUCGCAAUGACUCCAUCAGCAGAUCAAGGACCGGAUCGAAAAAGAAAACAAUUUCAAGGAGGUCGAGGUCCGAAGAGACAAAAGGUUUUCAAGCCAAAGCCAGUAAAGGAAGGAUCAUCUGAGGAAGUUUUAAUAGCAGAUGUGCGAGCAUUGUUUGCGGCGCAAAAGAUUGCCAAUGCUUCACAAGCUCCAAUCGAAAAUGGAAAUGUCGAAUCUGCGAAUGGGGAAACUGGAGCUGAAGAACAAGAAUCAACAUCCGCAGAAAUAGCGCCUGUUGUGGCAGAUACUACAUCAGAAGUACCAUUGCCGGAGCGUUUCUCAGAAAUCGACGUGAAGGUUGUGGAGAUAUCAUCUACCGGAGACGGACUUGCGCUACACCCACCUACCAAUAGAAUAUACGUUGUACCAUUCAGUGUACCAGGAGAUAUUGUAAAGGCGAAAGUUAUUACCCAUUUCCCGCAAGAAAACUACUCUUUGGCAGAUUUCGUUUCUGUGGUUGAGCCAUCCCCUCUUCGAGACGAUAGUCGAGUAAAUUGCAAAUACUUCAGCAAAUGUUCAGGAUGUCAAUUUCAGAUGCUGGACUAUCCUACUCAAUUACAACACAAGAAAACAAUUGUUGAGAAGGCAUACAAGAACUUCUCCCAACUUCCUCCUGAACUUGUACCAGCUAUUCAAGAUACGAUUGGCAGCCCUUUGCAAUAUGAAUAUCGCACAAAACUUACACCACAUUUUGACGGACCUCCAGGUUACAGGAGUAGAGUAAACAGAAGGAACGAUAACAAGGCUGCCUUUGAAAAAGUGCCAGAAAUUGGGUUUAUGCAAAAAGGAAAAAGGGCGACAUUGGAUAUCGAGGAUUGCCCAAUAGGAACAGAUGCUGUAAGGAUGGGAAUGAAGAUUGAGAGAAAAAGAGUCGCAGAUGAACUUCACAAAUACCAAAGAGGGGCCACGAUUUUAUUACGAGAGAGCACGAAAAGAAUUUACAAAGGCGAUCCAGAAUAUCAAGAGGAUACGGAAACACCACCUAACACUAUCAAAGUUACAACUCCAGAGUAUACUGAUUUGAAAACUUGUAUCACGGAUAAUAAAGGGGAAUCGACUGAAUACAUUGAUAGCUUCCUUUUCACUAGCAUCGCAGGAUCAUUCUUCCAAAACAAUAAUUCUAUCCUUCCCGUUUUCACAAAAUAUAUUCGAGACCAUGCCUUACCACCUCCAGGAUCCUCUUCUCCAGACUUACCAAAGAUUCAAUAUUUAAUUGACGCCUACUCGGGAUCCGGACUCUUCACCAUCACUCUCUCGUCUCUCUUCAAAUCCUCCACCGGAAUCGACAUUUCGGAUGCUUCCAUCAUAUCCGCACGUCGCAACGCCGAAUUAAAUAAACUAGACGCAUCACGUUGUAGUUUCAUGGCAGCCGAUGCACCAAAACUUUUCAAACAAGUCACAUAUCCUAGAGAUGAGACGGUUGUUGUUAUUGAUCCUCCUAGAAAAGGAUGUGAUGAGAGUUUUUUGAGCCAAUUAUUGAAAUUUGGCCCAAGGAGAGUUGUGUAUGUUAGUUGUAAUGUACAUACCCAAGCGAGGGAUGUAGGGGUACUUGUUAAGGGGGGAGAGAAUGGAGUUAGGUAUGAGAUUGAGAGUUUGAGGGGUUUCGAUUUUUUUCCACAGACAGGUCAUGUGGAGGGGGUGGCGGUGCUCAAUAGAGUUGAUGGAGGUGGGGUUGGGGGUGGGGAAGUAAAGAGUGGAGAUAAAGAGAUGAGUGAUGUCAAAGAGGAAUCCGUCAAUGAAGCACCGGCUAAAGGAGAACCGGUUAAGGAAUAAUCUGAGCAAGAAUGAUUGAAGGAAGAAGCAAUGAUAGGGAUGAAGGAAUAAAAACCGGGUUAGCUAAGCUAGCUUUUCCGGCUGGAUGAUAGAUAAUAUUCAUAUUGGUAGCCAAUAAAAAUAUUAUCAAAAUCACAAAUUCGGAGUACUUAUCUCAUUCGAUCUCCAUCUCAGUCCCCAGUUUUGUUCUGCGUACUCCGUACGAUACGGAGUAAUAAACCGAUAUCCCCCGCAUGUACGGAGUAUUGUGGGAAUGGGAAUUCCCCUCCAGCUCAUAAAGUCAUAUAGUAGCUUCUAAUAGGAGGAAUUUAAUUCUCCUAGUUUUAAAUAGCUUGCUUGUUUGCUCGCUUGCUCGCUUGCUUUCUUGCUUGCAUUUUGAUUUUGAUUUUUAAUUUUCAUUCUAUUUUUUAUUUUUUUCGGGUAUUAGUGGGAUGGGUGGA